AAAGCCCCGACUGGUGGAGGGCUGCAGUGAUGGUUGACUUUCGAGAACUUUCUCCCAUCUCCCGACUGCAUCUCUGGAGCUCAGCCACAGUGAUCUUGGGGUUCUUCUUUACCUCUCUCACCAAGGCUCUUCUCCCCCGAUUGCUUAGUUUGGCCGGACGGCCAGCUCUAGGAAGGGUUCUGGUCUUCCUAAACGUCUUCCAUUUAAGGAUUAUGGAGGCCACUGUGCUCUUAGGAACCUUAAGUGCAGCAGAAUUUAUUUUUAUUUUUUUAACCUUGGCCAGAUCUGUGCAUUUCCACAAUUCUGUCUCCGAGCUCUUCAAGCAGUUCCUUUAACCUCGUGAUUCUCAUUUGCUCUGACAUGCACUGUGAGCUGUAAGGUCUUAUAUAGGCAGGUGUGUGGGUUUCCUAAUAAAGUCCAAUCAGUAUAAUCAAACACAGCUGGACUCCAACGACUGUGUAGAACUAUCCAAGGAUGAUCAGAAGAAAUGAACAACACCCGAUUUAAAUAUGACUGUCACAGCAAAGGGUUUGAAUACUUAUGGCUGUGUGAUAUUUCAGUUUUUAUUUUUUAAUAAAUGUGCAAAAAUUUCAACAAUUCAGUUUUUUUCUGUCACUAUGGGGUGCUGUGUAUACAUUAAUGUGGAAAAAAUAAACUUAAAUUAUUUUAGCAAAUGGCUGCAAUAUAACAGAGUGAUACAUUUAAGGGGGUCUGAAUACUUUCCGUACCCACUGCAUGUACAGUACAUUUCUUAAUUGCCGCAAUUUCUCAUGUAUAAUGCACAGUUUUUUUCCCAAAUAUUUGUCAAAAGUCCAGAGAGUACAUUACACAUAGCUGUAAGAAAAUUUGAGAAAAAAAAUCACGUUGUAUAAAUGUAUACCAAGGGCUGUCACGAUAAUUUCAUAUUGACUUAUCGAUAAUGGACACGAUAGUUUUUCCGGACUUUAUAAAUUAUCAUUGUUAUGGUAAACUGGCGCGCAGAUUACACAGUGAGCUGACAAGGUUUAAGUCGCAUAACAUUACUCAAGAAGAACUUAAGGUAAUGUGAGGGUACAAAUGUUGUUAGUGUCUUCGUACACAAUACUGUACUGUUGAUUGUGAUGUGUUUUUUUUUUUUUUUGAUACAUUAACAGUUUUUCAGCCUUUGGAUUUGGAAGUAGGAAGCACACUAAUUCCUUGUGGUUGUCAUUCUCCUUGAAACCAGUCACUACUUCAGCUCGAAUCAGAACCUGUGCAGUUUAUAUUUUUAAAAAUACAUUGUUGAAAUUGCUGUCGUGGGACAUGGAGGAAAAAAAAGCUUUCAAUUACCUUUUUUUGUCUGCACUGCGUACUGGAAUUGGAGUCGAACGGCUGCUGGAUGCAUAACCUGUAAGUUUUAAAAAAAUACAUGCGAUUACUCAAGAAUACUUUUUAUUUUAUUUAUUUUUACAAGGGUAAAAAAAACCAUUACCUUUCCUGUUCACAAUCCUAAAAGACGUUCGACUCGCGGGUGUUGAAUUCCUGCAAGAUGGACGAAAUGGAAAAUUCAAAUUGGUACUGGCAACAGAUGUGACCGUAUUUUCACGACCAUAAGGCUCACUUAAAAGUCUUAAAUUUUCUCCAAAAUGGACGGGGCUCCUUAUAAUGCGGCACGCCUUGUGUGCACCGAGUUCCAAAAUCUGUAAAUGUUGUUGUGUGAGCGCUCCGCUUGACUGACUGGGAGCAUUUCCUGCCGACACGCUGCUUAUAAGAGGAAAGGCGGACGUGACUGAGUACAGCAUGCGGACGUAAAGGGGGAAGGGUGUGCGUGACAGAGGAUGCUAAAGGCACGCCCCCAGUAGGUUUAUAGCGCCGGUAUGUGCAUUGUGCAAAACAUCGGUUUGGCUAAGGACCCCCGAAAAUGGCACCUACGAAGAGACACUCUUACGAAGCACAGUUUAAACUGCAAGUUGUCAGUUACGCGGAGGAAUAUGGGAAUCGAGCAGCCGGGAGAGAAUUCAAGAUCAACGAAUCCAUGGUUCGCAAUUGGAGGAAGUGGAAAAAGAGCUUCGCCAAGUCAAGAAGACGAAGCUGAGUUUCCGCGGAAACAGGGUGAGGUGGCCCGAGCAAUGGAUUAAUGAGCCGGGAGAAGCGUCUCUACAGUCACCAUUCGACUGAGGGCAAUAAUGCUUGCAGAAGAAAUUAAAAUCGAACAUUUUCAAGGAGGUCCGUCUUGGUGCUUUCUUUUUAUGAAACGGCGCCAUCUCUCCAUCCGGGCCAGGACUACCGUGGCGCAGCAAGCUCCGGCAGAUUACAAGGAAAAGCUGGCCAUCUUCCGCUCCUACUGCAGUAAAAAGAUUGCCGACAAACACAUCCAGCCCAACCACAUCACCAACAUGGACGAGGUGCCGCUCACUUUCGAGAUUCCGGUGAACCACACUGUAGAGAAGGAGACCACCACGGUAACGAUACGCACAACGGGGCACAAGAAGUCGGCUUUUACUGUUGUGCUUGGUUGCCAUGGUAAUGGACAGAAACUGCCACCUAUGGUGAUUAUUUUUAAGAGGAAGACGCUGCCUGAAGAAAAAGUUUCCAGCCGAAGUCAUCGUUAAGGCCAAUCAAAAGGGCUGAAUGGACGAGGAGAAAAUGAGAGAGUGGCUGAGUGAGGUGUACGUACAGAGACCGGAUGGUUUUUUCCACACGUCACCGCCGUCCCUGUUGAUCUGUGACUCAUCUCACAGCCGCUGUGAAAAACCAAGUGCAACUAAGACUGGGAGGCAACGCCGGGCGAGUUACGCCACCAUAUGUGAAUGGAUUGUGGAUGCUUGGGCUAAGGUAUCUGCUUUGACUGUUGUCCAAGCUUUCGCGGCAACGAGACUGACUCUGACAAUGACGAGAGGGAACCCGGCGUGUUUGAUGGAGAACUUGCCCAGCUGUUCAUUUCGGAUACAGAAGAUGAGGACUUUGAUGGAUUUGUGGAUGAGGAUUGAUCAAAUAAACUACCUGGCGAAGCACGGCCGACUGAGUGAGCUGGAGGCCAGGAGGAAGUUCUGGCAGAUCUUGUUGGCGGUGGAAUAUUGUCACAACCACAAAAUUGUGCACCGGGACUUGAAGGCAGAAAAUCUACUGCUGGAUGGCCACAUGAACAUCAAAAUUGCAGACUUUGGAUUUGGGAACUUCUUCCAGCCCGGCGAGGCGCUGGCCACAUGGUGUGGUAGCCCUCCGUAUGCUGCUCCCGAGGUCUUCGAGGGCCAACAAUAUGAAGGCCCGCAACUGGACAUCUGGAGUAUGGGGGUGGUGCUAUAUGUGUUGGUCUGUGGUGCCUUGCCUUUCGACGGGCCCACUUUGCCCGUGCUCCGACAGCGAGUCCUGGAAGGAAGGUUUCGCAUCCCCUACUUCAUGACUGAAGACUGCGAGCAUCUGAUCCGCAGGAUGUUGGUCCUGGAUCCGUCAAAGCGUUUGUCCGUGGCGCAGAUCAAAGAGCACAAGUGGAUGGCAUUAGAUAUUCCGGUGCAGCGACCAGUUCUGUACCAGCAACCUGUUUCUGCUGAGGGUGAGACGGGCGUGGGGGAGUACAGCGAGCAGGUUCUCCGUUUGAUGCACAGCCUUGGCAUCGACCAGCACAAGACUGUAGAGUCUCUGCAGAACAAAAGCUACAACCACUUUGCCGCCAUCUACUACCUGCUGGUGGAGCGGCUAAAGGCCCAUCGCUGCAGCUUCCCGGUGGAACAGAGGCUGGAUGCACGUCAACGCCGGCCCAGCACUAUUGCUGAACAGACUGUCAUCAAGUCGACUAGCAGUUCGGCCCAGGUGGGCUUGCUCCCACAAGGGGUCCGUCUGCUGCGAUCCCCUGCAGUUUCCCAAGCCACCUCUGAUGCGUUCACCUUCGCCCAGCCUGCGUGCGCCCUGGAGCAGAAUUUCAUGCCUGAGGACGUCAACACGCCUAAAGUAAACGGCUGCCUUCUGGACCCCCUGCCUCCCAUCACUGUGCUCCGCAAGUCCUCCACCUCAUCUCCUAGCAACAUGAUGGAGAUGUCGAUUGAUGAGGGCAUUGAGACCGAAGAGCCCGACACUGAGGAGGAUGCGCCCCACAUGCUCUUGGCCUAUCAGACCGCUCGUUUUGGCCAGAGGCGACACACCCUCUCUGAGGUUACUAACCAGCCAGGAACGUCAAACCAGGGUAAACUGUUCGCUCUGGGUCACAACCCCUCCACGAGCAGCAUGGACUCUGACAUGGGCUACGACAUGGGGUCGAUGCAAAGUGACCUCGGUCUUCUUGAGGACCCCCCAUUGCUCAGUGAACUGGUGCUGGCCAACAGCACGGCCUCCCGCGUCCCCCCUACGUCAUUCCUGAGCGCCCGACCAGCCAACCCAGCAAUGGCCACCCUGACCUCGCAGCACAGGGACACCCACAACCGUUCACCCAUCAGCUUCAGAGAAGGACGCCGUGCCUCUGACACCUCACUGACACAAGGUCUGGUUGCCUUUCGACAGCAUCUCCAGAACCUGGCGAGGACCAAAGGCAUCCUGGAGCUAAACAAAGUCCAGAUGCUGGUGGAGCAGAUGGGCUCCGGGGAAGGGCCCGCCAUGGGCUUCCAUGGACCACAGCAUCAUUUGCACAACCUCUUGGAGACUGAGGCAACUAAGCAACAGGAGGGCCCGACUUUAUACCAAGGUGGGCCGCAGCCACCUCUCCUGUCCCGUAGGCAGAGUUUGGAGACUCAGUACCUCACCCAUCGGCUGCAGACUAGCGUUUUGGCAAACACUCCUGCAAGCUGCCAGAUGUUCUGUAAGGAGUCCCCCCGAAGUUUAGAGCAACAACUACAAGAACACCGACUGAACCAGAAGAGGAUGUACCUGCAACAGUCACAGGGUCUGGGCCUGCCGGUCUACUUCAAUCAGAUGCAGAUCGCUGAAGGGUCCUAUCCGGUGGGUGGCGUCCCACUGGACCCCGCUACCUCCCAGAACUCCCCCCAGGUGCCCCUGAUGUCUAGCGGCGGCCCGCAGCCUCAAUCACAGCAGGGGUCCUCGUCGCCAUACAGCCACCCCCACAGCCUGAGCCCCCUUCUGGAACCGGGAGAGGGCCCGCUUUACGACCCCUACAUGAGUCAUCACCACUACGCCCAGCACCUGCCCCCUGUCCCCCACCUUCAGCACCACCCCCUCCACCACCACCACCACCACCACCACCAAUCGCCUCAUGAAACCUCAGCUACCAGUCUCGGUUUCUGCUACCCUGUAGAGCAGCAGGCCCGGUGCCCCUCCACUGAAGCCCCGCCCCCAGGACAGUACAAGUUCCACCUUGACCUGGGCUCGCUCCCCCCUCCCGCCAUAGGAGAGUCGGCGGGGUCGGGGGCCUCGGGCGAGCCGGCCCGGCCCGAGGGUCUGGUUCUGGCGGAGCUACAGAGCCCGCUCCUGGACAGCGAGAUGAUGGAGACGGUGGACUCCCAGCAAGGCUUUGUGCUGGUCAACUGAAGCCUCGCAAGGGGCCGGAUUGAAGCAGUAUUGAGCACGGAGAGCCUGAGCAGCGUUCAGCGCCCACAGAGAGAUUUGGAGACACAAGCAUAGCAAUGGGGAAAACGCAGACUUUCAUACAACCAACGAAAACUGAAUUUCGUAGUUGGGAUGAACCUCUGAGAACCUUUCGUACCAAAAUCCCUCCCUUAGCUGACCUCCUUUUCCUCCCUCUCCUCCUCCUCCGCAUUGGACGAGCGAGGAGCGGGCCAACACGCCGACGCGGUCGCAACUCGUGGCGAGGAGGCUCCAGUGGCCGCUCUCGUGCCACUUGUGAGACGACAUGAUGCUGAUAAGGUGUUGAGGACGACUGGAGCAUUUCACACAGAAGUGGUUUGGAACUAGUGAACUGUUUUGGGACUGACUGCCAAUCAAAAGCACAAAAUGGAUGACAGGAUGGCAAGUCGAUUGAGGAUUUUGACAAUAUUUUUAAUUUGCAGCUUAAGGUCCAUGUACUAGUUGGACAACCACAUUACUAGUGAGGCAACGCUGUUCACUUGUUACAUCUGUGCACUACUAGUACUACUAGUGACUUGCUGGAAAACUGGUAGAAUUGUUUUAUUUCAGUAGUAGUACUAGUAACACACCAUUGUCAAAAGGCUUGCUUGCCCUAAAGCCAUAUAAGCAUUUAUUCGCAGUGGGCUAGUUUCCCUUUAUAAUUCCGCAUACUAGUUAGAUAUUAAAUAAAUGCAAUGUUGCUGCAUUUAGUCAAGAUCCUUGAUAUCUAGCCUAAGCCAUGAAUUUACCCUAUUUAUCCUCACUAUUAGGACAAAUUCAUGUUACUUGUGACGAACAACUGCACUGGUUGACAGCUGCAUACUACUAGAACUAGUGAAUAGCUAGAUUUUGAACUAGUCAAAUUGAAUUAUUUCACUAGUGAUAUCAGGGCGGAGUUGUCGAGUGCACAGUUUUGCCUCACCAUUAACACGUAGUUGUCUUACUCGUAAGGCUGCAACUAACAAUCAUUUUAAAAUAUUUUAACAAUCAUUUAAUGUUGAUUACUUGUUUUGAUUAAUUGAUGAAUUUGAUUUUUUUUUAAACAAAUUUUUAAUUUCCAUCCCUUUAUUCAAAAACAGGACAUUGUUUUAAAUUGACAAUGCAGAAAAUACACAAACAAACAAACAAACAAAAAAUUAUAAUUGUUACUAGUUUGGUCGAUAGAAUUUCAGAAAAUAGGCAAAAAUAUUCGUUUGCCAAAGUAAAAGCAGAUGUUUGCAAAUGUCUUAUUUUGAUUCAACACAAAUAUAAUCAGUCUGCUUUCAUGGAGGACCACAAAAAUCUGAGAGCAUUUAGUGUUGAUAGGCUGAAAUUCUGAGGUUUUGGACAAUUUUAAGUUAACAAGGUCCCUAAACGAUUAAUCAAUGAUCAAAAUCGUUCUCGAUUAAUGUGUUAAUCGAUAUUUGGAGUUGUGUUACUAGUGAGGACAAAGCGCGUACUAUUACAUGGACCUUAGGUUGGAUAUCAUGGACAUCAAAUAAGUAGUCAAACGGCUUUAUGGCAAGCUGUUUGAGCAGUUUAUUCACAGCACAGUAGUUUUCAUUCAUAGUUCAUCGCACUAGUGGAUAUCGACUAAAUGCUCUAAAUCCUACGAAUGUCGUCCUAUUCGUGAAGGCUAAGAGAGUACUAGUGCGUGGACCUUAAAUUGAAUAUCAAGGAUAUGGACUAAUUGCUCAAACAGCUUUCCAUAGGUGGUGGUGUUCUGCUAAAACAGCACCGGUGAGUACUUUUUUAGUGUGAAGAGAACGCAAUGGCCCUCAUUUAUCGUGAAGCCCAGUUUCGAGUGUUUCAGGUGUCACUUUGCACACGAGCAGGUUGUACAGUGGCGGGCACAAUGGUCGGAUUGAUCACUUGCAACACUAACAAUAAGGACACACAAUAUUUUUGACAAGUCGAUGAGCUAAAUGAGACUACACACACACACGUGACACAUUUCUCUCGUCAGUGUUUCCUUUGUAACUACUGAACUAACACUACUGAAAGGCUUCUCCACCUUCAAAGUCCAGGAGCGCUUGAUUCAUGGCUCAUGCUAAAUGAGGGCUCCCCAAAGGAAUGUUUGGUGACAACAACUUAUUCUUCUACCUUUUUGUGGCAAUAUUGAAGCAAUAUUAAUUCUCUGUGAUGAUGGUGAUGAUGCUGCACCUCAUCUGUCCGGCCCACUCGCAUAUGAUUGGUCACACGGAGCUGAUAACAUCAGCAGGAGCGCAGAUGUGAGUGCGUUUUCUUUGUUUGUUUUGCACAAGUCAGAAAGAAUGUCACGUGACAGACAAGCACGAGAAGCUUUCUCGUGAACGAAUGUAACGGAUGACGCCACACGUGACCACUUUUGGGACCGACGGCAAAGGCGGCCGCGGCACGAGACACAGUCUGUUUUGUUUUUGUUUUUUUUUGUAUUAGCAGCACUCAGACUGUGAUGAAUCAAGUUGAAGUAUCUUCCCGACACAACGCUGACAUUUAAAGUAUGUGUGUGUGUGUGUGGUCAAAUCAAAUGGAAAAGUGGUGUGUCUAAUAACGACACUGACCAUAGGAACAGUGACAGAAAGGUCAACUCCAUCAUUAAGACCAUUCACAUUUUCCUAUUAUCUAGCUGUCAAUAGCAGUAGCAGACAGCCCUUAUUUACCAAGGGCUAUUGAGGCCAAGCUGAAAAGAAGAAAAACAUAUAGAGAAAAAUAUCUCAGGUGGAGGGAAGUUGCAAAUUGAGUUGAAUUCAUAAGAUUCUUAGGGUAAAUAAUAGGAAUAAAGUCAUGAUGUAACGACAAAAAAAGUGUAAUUUCACACAACGUCGUAAAGUUACAAGGAGGAGAGUAAAGCGACUAGUUAGCAAUUCAGAAUCCUUAUUUUUACUGUAACAUGGCAUUUAAGAAUGUAAUAUUACUAGAAAAAAGUCAAUUUUACAAGAAAAGUCGAAAUAGUCAAAUUAAAAAGCUGUAAUGUACAAGGAGAGACUAGAGAGAGGAAUAAAGUUGUAAUUUUACACAAAAGAAGUGGUUUUGUGGUAAUGAAAUUGUCAAAUGGGAAUAGUUGUCACUUUAGACCCAAAAAAAACUAAUUUUAAAAGUUUUCAUUUUUAGAGAAGAAAGUUGCAAUAUAACAAAAGUCUUACAGGAAUAAAAUUGUUCAAACUGGAAUAACGUCAUAAUGUCACAAGAAAGCGACAGAAAUGAUAAGUUUGUGAUAAAAAGCCAUUAUUUUGCGAGUAAAUUGUCAUUUUCAAACUGGAAAUACUACUGGAAAAAAGUAAUUUUAGAAGAAAAUUCAAAAUAGCACUUCGCAAAUUGUAUGCAAUGUACAAGGAAGAGAAUAAAGCCAUAAUUUGCUAAUUAAAAAGUUUUGUAUGAGAAUAAAGUUGUAUUUUUACACAAAUAGUCAUUCAUGUUACUAAGCAGAGCUUAGUCGUAAGCAUGUGAUUAAAAAGUCGUAGUUUUGCCAGAAUGAAGUUGUCAUUCAACGGGAAUACUCCUAAUUUUACUGGGCUAAAGUUGUCCUUUAACGAGAAUAGUUAUAAUUUUACAAAAUAAAAUGUGUGACUAUGAGAAUAGUUGUGAUCUUUAGAGAAGUCGGAAUGUUACAAGAAAACAGACGUUUUUUGAAAAAAGUUGCAAUUAGUACACGUUAUUGUAGUGUGUAGCACGUUACCACUGUUCUAGUUAGCUUAUGACAAUUGUAAAGUUACAAAUUUCCUUUCACUCUUUACAAUUUCAACUUUGUCAUCACAUUCCCAAUUUUUUUCUUUAAAAAAUGCUACUUUAUUUUCCUUGUAAGAUUACAGUUUCGACAUUUACCUGUUAAAAUUACAACUUCGUUGUCACAUUAAGACUACUUUUGUAUAAUUAGGACAAAUUCUCUGAAAAAACUGACUCUUGUGCCUUUACAAUUUUUACAUUCACUGGUUAGAGUUACAACUUCGUCAACAUGUUGCCACUAUUCUUGUUAAAUUAUAACUCUUGUAAUAUCACAAUUUGGGCAGUCACUUGUUAAUAGUACAACUUUAUCAUCACCAUUUGCAUAAAAUUAGGUCUCUUAAUAUUGCGACUAUUCUUCGGCUAACGUUUCAAUUUUGACAUGCACUCAUUAAAAUUUGAAGUUUUUCCUCACAUUAAGACUUUGGUCAUAAAAUUGGGAAAUUUCUCUAUAAAUUGUGACUAUAGUAAUGUUACAAGUUUGACAUUACCACUGUUCUCGUAAAAUUACAACUUUUGUUCUUGGGAAAAUUACAAUUAUUGAAAUGUUGCAAUUUUGACAUUCACUCGUUAAAAUUACAGCUUUGUCCAGCUAUAGUACGACUAAUCUCAUGAAAUUCUUUUUAUCAGAUAAAUGCAACUAUUUUCCUUGUAACAUUACCAUUUUGACAUGCACUCAUUCAAAUCACAACUUUCCACUAUUCUUGUAAAAUUCCGAAUUUUGUAACACUACAAUUUUACUGGUCACAAUUUCAGUUUCAUUGUCAUCACAUGCCGACAUUUUUCUUCUAAAAAUGAAUACGACUGCUUCCUUGUAAGAUUACAAUUUUGACAUUCACUCAAUGAAUUACAGCGUCAUUGUAAUAAUGACUUUUUCUUACAUUGACUUUAUUGUUGUAAAAUUACAUCUUUCUGAAUUUCUUUUCCGUUUUAGAUUGGCCUUAAUAUUAAUUGGUACCUAUUCGCAAGAAAUAGUGUAUGUGAUUUGUCUGUUUAAAAAAACAGUCUCCGCAUCAAACUGAGACCCUGUAUAUUUUUAGUUUUCCAUCAAUUGACUAUGAAACUAUAACAAGUAUAUUUUCUCGUAAUCCUGAGUGAAACUCUCAUUUUCUUACCUCACAUUGCCAUCGUGUGACGGUCAAAAUUGGACAUGCCAGCAAUAAUAGCAACGCACUCCGCGGUCCACAAGGCAUUGCAGCCAUAAGAGAGACAAAAAGUUUUGUGAAGGACUCAAAUGUUGUUUUCAUAUUAUUUUCUGGUGGCUCCAGUGUACUGGACAGAGAUGUAGUAAGAGUGGAGGAGGACAUGAACUCACAUUUGUUAGAAAAAGUCUACAAAUUAGUGUUAAUUAGAGCAAGCUUGUAGGGGUUUGAAUUCUGUGUGCCUUUUACUUUUCACAUUUCAAUGAUGGUGAUUUAUCAUGGUUAGUAUUCGUUUUGUUCACCCAAGCCACCCCCACCCCACCCACCACCAAGUGAGUAGAAGCAGAUUUUACAAAGGUACAAAAACCAAAGUCCCUCCAUCCUAGUGACUUAAUCAAUGUUGUUUGUUUUUCUUUUACUUGUUGGCCCAGUGUCAAAAGUAUUCUAGCAAUAUAUUUGUGUAUAGGUGAAGACUGAAGUCAUAAGGAGAGUAGUAGUGGAUAUAGUACAUUCAUUUCACACACAGUCACACUCAACUCCCUGCUGAUGAAACACAACAAUAUGAAAUAGACUUUUCUAUAUUUCCCCUCAUGGUUGUCGACCACACAUAAGCUAACUUGCUGUUGAGAUUAAAAAAAAGGUUACUGAACA